AUGUUCCACCUCGUGUCAAACCUGAACGUGUUGUCUCUGGUGUCAGUGCUGCUGCUGCUGCUCACCGGGGCGGACGCCGAAAAGCGUCUCUACUCCAACUCGUUGGUCAACUGUAUGAAAAACAACUCGGACAUCAUUCCAAACUACUUCAACGUCACCUUCGACGCCCUCGACCGCUCCAUCACAUACGACGUCUCGCUCGCGGCAAAGAUCCAGGGCAAACUAAAGGCGCAUGCCACGGUGUACGCGUUUGGCUUCGACAUCAUCCACGAGAGCAUCGACUUGUGCAGUCUCAACCUCAAGCAGUUCUGCCCCAUCACCCCCUCGCAGAUGGAAGUCGAGUCUGUCGAGUACAUCUCCAAGAACUACGUCGACAUGAUCCCAGAUAUAGCCUUCACCUUCCCCAACUUGGACGCCGUCGCAAGGUUGAUUAUCACCAAUGAAAACAACGAGAUAUUGGGUUGCUUACAAGCCUCCUUCAACAACGGCAAGUCCGUCUCCCACGAAGGUGCGAAAUGGGCCACCGCUGUUGUUGCAGGUUUGGGCUUGUUGGUCUCGGCUGUCCUCUCCAUGUUCGGUAACUCGGCCUCGGCCUCCAGAAUGUCCGCUGCCGCGAUCUCCUUGUUCACCUACUUCCAGAGUGUCGUCAUUAUCACAAUGAUCUCCGUCGAUGAAGUCCCCCCUAUCGCUAACGCCUGGGCCGAAAACUUGGCUUGGUCCAUGGGCUUGAUCCGCAUCACCUUCAUGCAGGAUAUCUUCCGCUGGUACGUCCAGGCCACUGGGGGUACUCCAACGCAAUACCUUACGGCAGGUGUGAAGUCCAUUUUGACACAACGUUCCGCCCAAAAGAUUUUCCACAGCUCUUUCCUCAGAUCCAAUUCUUUGAUGCCAAGAGACCCCAAUACAAAUACUGAGUUGUACAUCCCUAUGGACCACGUUGAAUCAAAUAACUAUCUUCUUGUUUUAAGAGGUAUCAACCGUCUUGGGUACGACUCCAAUAUUGAGCCUUCUUCAAUUGUAUGCACCGGUUUCACCUUCUUUGUUCUCUGUCUAUACGUUCUAGUUGGUGUUUUUUUCACUUACAGGUACCUAUCAAAGGCACUUACAAAGGGAAAAAGAGAUAGCUGGAUUAGCAGAAAGUUGGAGCGCAGAACUUCUUGGCAACCAACUUUCAAAGGUAUCCUAGCUAGAUACAUCUAUAUCGGUUACCCUCAAUUGCUCAUUCUAUCCUUGUGGGAAUUUACCAAGGUUGAUUCCGGUUCUGUUGUCACAAUUGCAGUCUUUUUCUUAAUUUUAUCAGUCGGCGCAAUGGCCAUCUGUUGCUUCCAAGUUUUGCGUUAUGGAAGUAGGUCUAUCAAAGAACAUGGUAAUCCUGCUGCAAUUCUUUAUGGUAAUCCUGAAGUUUUGAGUCGGUACGGGUUUUUGUACACGAUGUUGAACGCACGGAAAUAUUGGUUCUGUGCGGUCAGUCUUUCUUACGUGUUUGUGAAAGCAUUAUUUGUCUCCCUUUCUCAGUCAUCAGGUAGAACACAAGCAAUGGCUUUAUGGAUUAUCGACAUGUUUUACUUAGGUCUCAUGUGCCACUUCUUACCUUACUUGGACAAAUUUACCAACGUAUUGACUGUUUUCAUUCAACUCAUUACCACCAUAAACUCAUUCUUUUUUACAUUCUUCUCCGGUAUUUACAACCAGCCAUUUAGAGUUGCUUCUGUUAUGGGUUUGAUUUUUUUCAUCAUGAACGCUGCAGUUUCACUUUUACUUUUGAUUGUCAUUUUGAUUCUUGCAUUGUUUAGUGUUUUCUCCAAAAACCCAGAUGCACGUUUCGCUCAAACCAAGGAUGAUAGAACUUCAUUUCAACGUAAACACAGGUCCUUGGAUGAAGACUUUACCGAUUCUAACGAGUUGUUUGAAUUAGGAAGAGUUGCCAAAGAGCACGAUGACAACUGGGCAACAAAUAUGUACAACUUACGUGAUGGCGACAUGCUUUCUAGCAGUGAACAUCCAGGAAGCCCGGACUUGGACGGAGAAAAUAAAGGUUCUGAUGCACAAAUGGUAACAAAUGAAACUGGCUCGGAUGAUUCAAACAAAAAGGGAUUAACCAAUUUAGUUGGAAAAUUGACCAGAGGAAAGUCAUUAUUAGGAUUAAAA